AUGUCAUCCGAAGACGAAGAAACAUCAACUAUUCUUCAAGAAGAAGAAAUUGAUAAUAAUAAUAAUAGUAAUAAUAAUAACAAUAAUAAUAAUAACAAUAAUACUAAUAAAAACUAUAUCAAUAAUAAUAUUCCAAUUCAAUCUAUUAAAGGUAGAUCGGGUAUACAUAGAAGUUUGUCAACAUUAAGCGAUGAUUCAUAUCACCAUCAUCACCAAAAACAAUUAAAUUCUAGCAACAACCAAUUUUUUUUAAAUAAAAAUUUUGAAAUUAAUAAUAAUAUUAACAACCACGACGAUAAUAUCAAUAAUAUCAAUAACAAUAUUAUUAAUAAUAACAAUAGUAAUAAUAAUACUACAACGACAACAACUACAACAACUACAACAACAACGACAAAUUCAAUAGAAAGAAAUAGUGCAACAAUAGCAAAAGAACAAUUACAAAAUCAAUUAUUAAGUUCUAUUACACCAAAAACAUCAAUUAGAAAGAAAUCUACAUCAUCGGUUGCACCAGUUGCAUUGACAAAGGAUUAUUUAUCACAAUUUAGUGAAGACGAAGCAUCUGAAUUUACAACUAAAGGUGCACCAAUUAAACCAUACAAAUUAACAAGGAAAAUGUCAAAUCUUAGUAAUAGUAGUGCUGCUUUAAGUAUUGUUUCAUUUAGUCAAUUAGAUGUUCACGAUUCUGAUUUAUUAUUGUCAAAUUUUAAUAAACUCUCUGUAGAACAACAAGAACAAAUUCGUGCAUCAUCACCUAAUAAGCAACAACAACAACAACAACAACAACAACAACAACAACAACAACAACAACAACAACAACAACAACAACAACAACAACAACAACAACAACAACAACAACAAGGUGCAGAACAUUUACAAUUGCAACAACAAAUUAAACAAUUACAAGAGCAAUUGCAAUUACAACAACAAUUAUUACAAAAACAACAACUACAAAUACAACAACAAUUAUUGCAAAAACCAAAUGAUACUAUUAUACCACCACUACCAACAACAACAACAACAACAACAACAAAUGAAAAUAGUUAUGGUGAUGAAAAAUUCAUUAUUAAAGAAAGAAGAACAACUUCAAUUUUAAAUAAUAUAAAUAAUUUCGAUUCAACUGAAGUUUCAUCUGCAUCUGAUUCUGAUACUGAUCAACCAAUUAAUACACCAUCACCACAACAACAACAAUUACAACAAAAGCAACAACCAUCUUCUUCUACUUUUCCACAAGAUAAUGAAAAACAACAAGAUGCUAAUGAUAAUAAAUCAAAACCAUUAAAUAAUAAUAGUAAUAAUAAUAAUAAUAAUAAUAUAUUUAUAAAUGGUCAUUAUGUUGAUAAAACUAUACCAAUUAAUUUUAAUGUUGGUGGUACAUUAUUUGCAACAUCAUUACGUACGAUUUCAUUAUAUCCAAGAUCAUUACUUUUCAAGAUUGUUGAAUUACAAAUUGAAUUAAUAUUAAAGGAUGAAGUGAUUUUCAUUGAUAGAAGUCCAGUUUAUUUUGGGGUAAUAUUAGAUUUCAUUAGAAGUGGUACUUAUAAUGUUACUCCAAAUAUUAGUACUAAAGGUAUCCUUCAAGAAUCAGAAUUCUUUCGUAUGGAUCAAUUGUCCACAUUGAUAAGGGACGAACCUGAAUUAACAAGAACCGAAGUUGUAAAUAUUAUAAACUCUUGUUAUGAUUUCCCCAGAUUUAGAGGAAUGUGGUUAUGUAAAAUAAAUUUCUCAGGUUUAGAACUCUCUUGUGCCCUAUUCGAAUAUUCAAAUCUUACAGGUUGUCUCUUUAAUUCUUCAUUCAUAACUAAAGCAAAUUAUCAAGGUUGUAAAUUAGAUUGUAGUAGUUUUAAAUAUAGUAAAGCUGAUAGUGCAAACUUUUCAAAAUCUUUAAUUACAAAUUCAAACUUUUCAAAUGUCAUUGGUUCAGAGAUCACUUGUAUCGGUGGUAAUUUCACAAAUUCAAAACUUUCAAAUAGUACUCUAAGCUGUAGUGAUUUCACUAGUUCAACUUUUAAAGGUGCUCUCAUUGAUGGUGUUGAUUUUACAAAUUGUAAUCUCACAGAUUGUGAUUUUCGUGGUUGUGUUUUUAGUUCAACUACAAAUUUUAGUGGUUCAAUUUUAAAAGGUUGUUUAUUCGAUGAAAAUUCACUUUCAAUAGCUACAAAUAAAAAAAGUUGGAAAAAACCAAAAAGUGUUAGAUUAAGAAAUAAAAUUUCAAUUCCUCAUGUUUAA